UGGCCCUAGGGGAGAAUGCCACCUCGGAGACUCAGACGGCAGCUUCAGUCCCAUAAAUGCUCAUUAGGACCGGUCCGCCACCCAGGCGUCCCGCCUGUAAACCUGCCCCCUCCGCCACCUCCCACCGCACCCGGCACCACCCCAGCCCCAGACCCAGGUGGGGCUGCGAGCUAUAAAUACCGACAGCCCGGCGCCUGCUCCCCUUCUCCGGGCCUCCAACCUGCCCUGGGUGCGGCGGAAGGAUCUGCGGGUGCCCAGGGCGGUGGCAAGCAGAAGGAAGACGAGGAGUGCGUGCCCUUCUCGCAGCCGUGGCAGGUGGCUCUCUACGAGCGUGGACGCUUUAACUGCGGGGCUUCUCUCAUCUCCCCGCGCUGGGUGCUGUCGGCCGCCCACUGCCAGACCCGCUUCAUGCGGGCGCGCCUGGGCGAGCACAACCUACGCAGGUACGACGGCCCGGAGCAGCUGCGGGCGGUGUCCCGCAUCAUCCCGCACCCGGGCUACGAGGCGCGCAGCCACCUCCACGACAUCAUGUUGGUGCAACUGGCCCGUGCAGUACACCUGACACCUCAGGUGCGACCCGUGGCGCUGCCCACGCGCUGCCCCCACCAGGGCGAGGCGUGCAUGGUGUCCGGUUGGGGCCUGGUGUCGAACAGUGAGCCUGGGACCCCCGGGAGCCCCAAGUCGCAAGUGAAUCCGCCAGACACCCUGCACUGCUCCAACAUCAGCAUCAUGGCGGACGCAUCCUGUAACAAGGACUACCCCGGGCGCGUGAUGGCCACCAUGGUGUGUGCAGGAACAGAGGGCGGAGGCACAGACUCCUGUGAGGGCGACUCUGGGGGACCCCUGAUCUGCGGGGGUGCCCUGCAGGGCAUUGUCUCCUGGGGUGACGUCCCCUGUGACACCACCACCAAGCCUGGCGUCUACACCAAAGUCUGCCACUACCUGGAGUGGAUCAGGGAGACCAUGAAGAGGAACUGACUGGUGGGCUUUGCCACCUGUGCCCCUGACCGAGCAGAUGCCCCCAAAGCCUGCAGGGAGCCCUCCCAAGACUCUGUCCACGGCCCAGGUGUUAGCCAAUGACUUGUCCCACCAGAAGCCAAAGCUGGCACUCAAAGACCACCUGCUUAACGCCCAGAUAACACAGAAUGCUGACCCCA